GUAAGAAAAGAGUAGCAAACGAAGUUACAGUUCUAUUCAAAUUCAAAUCAGUUGACGGGUCAGAAAUUAGGGUUUACAUGCACGAGGUCUAGACGUCUAGCCUUGUCCGUUAAAGAAGCAUGGUUCAUGAGACUCGAUCAAGGAGUAAAAUAGGAGCCGAUGAUGUUAGUUCAAAGAAUCAAGUGGCUGAUAGAGAAGAAACAUCCCCAUGUUCUAGAAAGGCAGAUUGUUUAGGUCUAAGAAGGCUAGCUCGGGAAACCUCAUCAAAAGAUACUAGGACAAGCCCAUCACCUACACGGAAGUCUGAGCGCAUUCAGAAGAAGAGUUCACCUGUGACUCCUGUUGUGUGCAAUAAACUUGAUAAAUUGGACACUCCUAGUCCUUUAAGGAGGUCAGUAAGAGGCAAAAGAAAUGUUCCUUCAUCACCAAAGAUCCCAGAGGAUGAAUCCGUUUCAUCUGGUAUGGAGUCACAUGGCAAGAAAGAGAAGACGAUGAAGCAACCGAUGAUGGAAUCUGAAAAAGUUAGCACCAGCCGCAAGGUCCAUUACAAGAGCUUGUCUUCUAUUGGAAAGAAAAGGAAGAGAAUAAAUGGACACAGUUAUGCACUUUUGCUCAAGAGGCGACAAAGAAGGGGUUCACUAUCAGGCAUUACUAAGUCAAAAAGAAUCCUUCAGCUUCCUGAAGUUGAUAGUAGUGACUCCAGAAACGAGGAGUCCAAGCUUGCUGAGGAUGAAGAAAAUGGGGACAAUGAGUGUCACACAAAGAUUACAAAUGAACUAACCAAUCACCUUGCUCCACAUUUUGACGAUGGUGCCUCCAAAGAUGUGCUAGAGGCUUGUCCUGGCAUUGAAACUUUGAAGAUCUCAAAUUUGGUAUGUUCUGGUUUAGCAAGUGGUGAGCAUGAAAUAAUAAGAUCAUCAAAGACACAUAUGGUAAACACUGAUCUUGAAGUCACAGUGGCAGAUGCAAACAUGCAUACAUGCACUUCUGCGCCUGCUUCGGAACCAUUAUCUGGACAUGAAAAGCAUUUCUUUGCAGGGUUUUGUGUUUCAUGUUCAAAACAGCGAAGAGUGGGCCAUGAUUCACCAAAAGUAGAGCUCUGCUCAUGUGUUACAAUGCACAAUAAAGAUAACAAUUACAUAGCUAGUCCUGAGGUUGGAGUUGGCGUGAAAGCUAUUCUUUUCUCAGGGUCUGCUGAAAAAUGCCACAGCAGAAAAUCUGAAGGGGAUAUUUCAGAUCCUUAUGUGGAUAAGAAUGAAAAUGUGUGCAUUGUGUGCAAAGAAAGUGGAAAGAGCAUAGUUUGCAAUGGAAAUGGUUGCAAGAGAUGCUACCAUCUCCCUUCUUCAGGUCCUAGUAUAAAUGAUGUUCCACUUGGAAUCUGGCAUUGUCUCUGGUGUCAGAUGAAAAAGAUUGCAUUUGGUGUCCACUCGGUGACAAAAGGAGUGGAUUCAAUCUGUGAUGCUAGAGAAGUGGAUGUAUCAGGAACACAUAUGCAGAAGCAGUAUCUCGUGAAGUACAUAGAUCUUGCUCAUGUUCACAACCAUUGGGUAUCAGACGCACAGUUACUUCUUGAAGCACCAUUCCUUGUUGCAAACUAUAGUGACAAUACUCAGGUUAUUGGAUGGAACUCUGAGUGGACAUUGCCACAUCGUUUGUUGAAGAAAAGGUCAUUAUUUUUCUCUGAAUCGCUUGGUGACAGUCAAAAUUUUGAUGCUGGUCAUAAUACCGCAUGUCAAUUUGAAUGGUUUGUAAAGUGGCGGGGUCUUGAUUAUGAGAAUGCAACAUGGGAAUUGGAGAUUGCUGAUUGUCUACGUUCACCUCAUGGGCAAACAUUGGUUAGGGAGUAUGAGUUACGCAUGGAAAAAGCAAAACAGCUAACCGGCAAGAAUAAUAAGCAAUCACUCGUUGGACUUCCAAAGAUUUGGGAUGGAAGUUCUCUAAUAAGUGAUAUGGAUAUGCUUACUUCUAUGAACAAACUACAUGAUCAUUGGUCUAAAUCAGAGAAUGUUGCUUUAUACGAUGAUCAGGAACAAAUGAUGAAGAUAGGUUUAUUUAUUUUAUCUAUGUCAAUGGUCUGCUGCUGGCCUGUUCUUAUUGUCACUGCUUCCCAUGCUAUUUCUCACUGGGAAGCUGAACUCAAGAAAUGGGCCCCAGCGGUAGAUUGUGUAGUUUAUCAAGGUAGCAGGGAAACCAGAAGGCUAAUUGAGAUGUGCGAGUUUUAUGGCCAAGAAGGAAGUAUAAUACUUCAAGUUCUUUUGACCUCUUUUGAAACUGCUCUUGAGGAUAUACACACAUUAAAUAGAUUGAACUGGGAGCUGGUUGUAUUUGAUCAGUGCCAACAUUUAAAUUUAUCUCCCCAUGUAGAGAAAGUUGAGACACUUGGUGGGCUAAAAGUGCUUCUUUUCAAUGGUCCAAUAAAGCAUACUGCAUCGGAGUCCUCAAACAUACUGUCACUUGUUUAUUCUGAUGGUGAUUUGGAAAAAGCUGAUCCGUUGAAAACUUGCUCAAAUGAUACUCUUGGACAAUGGAAAGAGAGGGCGGCAUCUCAGGAGUUUUUUGAGUAUUGGCUUCCCGUUCAACUUUCUGAAUUACAGCUUGAACUUUACUGUGAUACAUUACUCUCGAACAUCGAUGCCCUAUGCUCUUACUCAAAAAGUGAUCCAGUUGGAGCCCUUAAUGAUAUGUUUCUUAAUAUUCGAAAGUGCUGUGAUCAUCCUUACAUCAUUUUUGACCCAUCCACAAAUUUGCUCAAUAAGGAGCUUUCUCAGGCUAAUAUCUUGGAUAUUGGCAUACAAGCAAGUGGAAAAUUGCAACUUCUUGACAAAAUGCUAUCUGAGAUGAAAUGCCGACAAUUAAGAACAAUUAUCCUUUUUCAGUCUUGUGUGGGCACCACUCCAUCAAUUGGUAACAUAUUGGAGGAUUUUUUGAGUCAAAGGUUUGGAGAAUAUUCUUAUGAACUUGUUGAUUCAAUCCUUGUGCGGUCCAAGAAGGAUUCUGCUCUUAUCAGGUUCAACUCUGUAGAAAAUGGGCGAUUUGUAUUAUUAUUAGAAAAUCGUGCUUGUAAACCAAGCAUUAGACUGUCUUCUGUGGAUAAUGUCAUCAUAUAUAGUAGUGAUACUAAUCCAUCAAAUGACUUGAAGCUUCUGGAAAAAAUGUCUUUUCACUCUACGACGAAAGAAAUAAAAGUUUUUCGGUUAUAUUCAUGUUUUACGGUGGAGGAGCAAGCACUUGUCAUUGCAAAGAAAGAAACUGAUCACUCCCAUAGUCUAAACCGGAAUCUGAAUGACACUCUUAGAUGGGGGGCAGCAGAUUUAUUCUGUAGAUUGGAUGAGUACAAUGCAAAUGAAAGCCAUCUAUCAUCUGGGCAGUUGCUUCUUAGUGUUGCCCUUAAAGAAUUUUGCGCCGUAAUUUCUGAAACCCCUGAAAAAGCUGGCAUAAGCGGUUCUCUUAUUGCAAAAGUUCCACAUAGUUCUUUUCAUUUGACUACAAAUCUUUCACUAUUUGGGAAGCAGAAGGUUAAUGGUACUACUGAAGAAUCUUGUGUCUUUUGGAAGAGUUUGUUGGGGGUACGAAGUCCUCAGUGGAGACAUAUAAGAUGUAGAAGUCCAAGGAGUAGAAAGAGAGGUCAAUUUUUUGGUAAAUCAGAUCAAACACCAGAAAUUGCAGGUAAUGUAGUAAAGAAGUAUAAGAUGAUGAACAGUGAAAGAGGUCAAAUUUCUGCUUCAAAGGAAGGGCCCUCUGCUAUUAGUUCUUCCAACGUGUCAUUGCCAGCAUCUACUAAUGGAAACAAUGGACUUAUUGUGAUGCAUUCUUCUAGUUCUUUAUGUGGCGGCAUUACACAAGAGGAGCCUGCAGAAAUAAUGACAUUAUCUGAUAAACAGAGUAGUCUUCAUAUUCUUCUGAAGGCAGAGAUGGAAAAAGUUUUUGAAGUGCUAAAGCUUCCGGUACCUCUCUUGACUUCCCCUUUUGUGGUUAAUAGUAGUCUGCUUGUAGUGGUAUUUCAUUACCUUCUCAUAUCAAUGAUAUCUGCCUUUGCUAACAAUGGUUUUUAUUGAUUUAAACUCUCUAAUUACUACUUGAUAAUUCUAAAGGCUAAUACAAUGUUUUCAAAAAUAAACAAUGGACUUUAACCUAACGAGAAAAACCCUACUUUUCCCCAACCUUUGCCUUUUAGUUUCCAUAGUGGAUCACUUUCUCUCAACUCUCAAGCAAAAGCAUAUGAAAAAAAAGUUUGACUAAAAGUUGAACCUGAAA